AAAAUGUUGGCAGAUACAUUUUACGGAGAUGACGGAGAGAUGUUAUCAGAUCCCACACGAGGGUUGCGAUGAACUAUGACAGGUUGGUUAGUACCCCAGCACAGUUGAUGUACAAUAAGAUAGUUAAAGCAUUUGCUACAUUGGCAAACAUACUUGUGAUGAUGAUGUAAAAGUUGGUUCAAUAUUGGAAUGGAUUGAAUCUCAGUGCAAACGGAUGGAUGCGUCGAAGUCCAAUUGCGGGAGUAAUGUCUUUUCUAGUCAUAGUACUCGUAUAGCAUCGCAUGAUAUCGCAUCAGAGGAUACUGGCACUGGUUGCAUUAGCGUUCGGGAUCCAAAAGGGGUGAAGAGAAAGGGUGCUCCUAGAAAACUUCGCAAAAAGUCCCCGUUGGAAUUAAGUUCAAAUAAAGCUACGAUUGUUAUUGGAAGCUUCAUGCCAAAUGGUUACAAGACACCCAAAAGAAAGCAAAAUCUUGAAUCCAGAGUUUCUCCUCUGAUCCAUAGUCUUUCGGCUACAAUGACAGCAGCAACAACAAUAUCGCAAGUGGCACCAGAAAUCAACUUCCCACGAGUUCCAAUGUCUCCAUUGCUAGUGCCGAACGCUAAAGAGUACCAGUACACUACAUCUAUAGUUACUAGUAACUGGAAUGAUACAGAGCCGAUUUCUGAAUAGAGACCAUCUCCCGACAUUAACAUCUCUGUAUCUGUUGAUUACCAACGAAACAAGUCAAUAACCAAGUAGAUUUAUGAUACAGUAAUUACAAUUAUUAGCUUUAGGCAUAUACAAGUGAGUGAAAAGGGGACAUGGUUAGUUAUAAGAUGCAUAAUUUCUCUUUUUCCUUCUUCUUGUGAACAUUUAGUUUAGAUUCCUUGUGAAUU